AUGGAAGAGGUUUGCCUGUCAAGUUUUCAAUCGAUACCAACGCAUGCGCAGAAAAAUUUAGCAGCAGUAGAGACAAACUGGUACAUUGAGUACAGAACUAGCGAGGAUAUACAACACGCAUUACACAACCCGUCUGGCAUUCAAGACACACAGAAUAGAAGUGGUAUACAAGUCUACGCCAUUUUAUUUAUUUCUGUUAUCGUGGUUUGUUAUUAUUUGCGUGGGCUAGAAGCCAUAUUUUGAUUAACGGUUGCUACAAGCUAGGUCAGAGUGUCGGUGGUAGGUCCAGUAAAAAAAAACGGAUCCAGUUGUGAACCUGUCCUCAUCAAGAACAGUUUGUGAACUUGCUAUGAAGACAACAGAUUGUGAACUGAUUUACGUUUCAUGAGAAUUCAGUGGGAUUAUAUGUAAGUUAAUGGAAAUAGAAGUGUACACUAAGUGAGAGUGUUUUUUAUAAUUAGCAAAUUUAUUAAAUUCCUUUAACUUUUUAAAAUUAUAGUAACAGUGAAGAACAUUGUAACGAAGACAAGAGAUAAUGCCUUGCUACCUCAAUGUUAUCUGAGAUCCCUUGGAACACCAUAAUCCAGACUGUAGUGAAACUGGCAUCCAUAUUGCUCAAACGUUACCAAGAUGAUGUCAACAGCAACCGACCAUAUUGUGAGCAACUUCUGCACAAUCCACUCCUGCAAUCACUAUUAUUAUGCUUUCUUUUACUAGGAGCUAGUGUUAAAGACAGUUUAAAAACGGCCGAAUACAUGGUGCAGAAGCGAGAGGCGGGAGCAUGUCGUAACAUGAUUGGCUACAGCAGCCACCAAUACAGUCAGCAGGGCUACAAUAAGCUCUUCACACAGGGCUCGGCGGAUUCGAAUUACUCGCAACCAUCCUCCGACUUGUCGCUGGACGAGGAGAAGGAGACGCUGCGGCGCGAGAAGGAGCGGCAGGCUCUCAACCAGCUGGAGAAGGCACGGACGAAACCUGUGGCGUUUGCUGUGCGGACUAACGUCAGUUACGAUGGUUCUGUAGACGACGACUCGCCCGUGCACGGCAGCGCCAUAUCAUUCGACGUUCGCGACUUCCUUCACAUCAAGGAGAAGUACGACAAUAACUGGUGGAUCGGGCGGCUGGUGAAAGAAGGAAGUGACGUAGGUUUCAUUCCAUCGCCAGUAAAACUGGAAAACUUGCGCAUGCAACAGACGCAAGCCCGCAACUCGAAGCUCUACGCGUCCAAGACGUCCUCCUCCAGCAAUUUAGGUGGGGUUGUCAACGAUGUCCUCUCCACAUCUAAGGGUGCCAACUCGCGCGGAUCCACCCCUCCCACCCCUGGUGAAGAUUCGGACUCCGUGGGGAAUACCCGACUCGGAAAGGCUGCGCUUACGACACCACACGCCAAAGAGAAGCGGAAACCUUUCUUCAAGAAGCAGGAAGCCACAGCCCCCUAUGACGUGGUUCCCUCCAUGCGGCCUGUCGUCCUUGUCGGUCCUUCUCUCAAGGGCUAUGAGGUUACGGAUAUGAUGCAGAAGGCGCUCUUCGACUUCCUGAAGCAUAGGUUCGAGGGGCGUAUAAUCAUCACACGUGUGAUGGCGGACAUAUCACUGGCCAAGCGGUCGCUCCUCAACAACCCGUCCAAGCGAGCCAUCAUGGAGAGGUCCAACUCGCGCUCCACCUGCCUUGCGGAAGUCACGACAGAAAUCGAGCGCAUCUUCGAGCUGGCGCGGACCUUACAGCUCGUCGUGCUAGACUGCGACACGAUCAAUCACCCGUCGCAACUCGCCAAGACAUCGCUCGCUCCCACCGUCGUCUAUCUCAAGAUAUCUUCCCCUAAAGUGCUGCAGAGGCUGAUCAAGUCGCGGGGCAAAUCGCAAACGCGACACCUCAACGUUCAGAUGGUUGCGGCGGAGAAGCUGGCUCAGUGCCCACCGGAGAUGUUCGACGUGAUUCUAGAUGAGAACCAGCUGGAGGACGCCUGUGAGCACAUUGCCGAGUACCUGGAAGCGUAUUGGCGGGCAACGCACCCCCCAGCUGAGCCACCAGGCGGCGCCGCCAACCCCCCACCUCAAGUAGUACCACGACCCAUGCAACCGUCACCUCAAGGUUCCCCCACAGCCGACCACGCCGGUAACAUCGUCCGGACCUCAAAUUCCACCCCUCCAGGAGUUCACCACGAUGCUUACGGGUACCAACAUGAUGCUAGAGCUGGUCCAGUUUAUCACCAACACGCUCGGGGCAGAUCAAGACUCGAGAGAGAUCGAGGGGAUUAUGAAGAGUACAACGCAGGACCGAGAGAUGGAAUGAGUGUGUACCAUCAUCAUCCUCACCUACAUCAGCACCAACAUCCUCCUCACCAACUCUCGCAUCAUCCAUCACACUAUGGUGGGUCACAGCACCAGCGAGGCAUACCUGGUGGCAGCGAAGAGAGGUAUCAUCAUUCUCAACAUCGUUCCACCAUGCGGGAAGCAGAAGACUACCACUCUCCACACAGAGCGUCUUCACGUCGCGCCCUGAACGCCAUCUAGUAUAGAACUCCUGAGUGAAAUUCAAAUUUGCAGUACCGACAGACCGAGACGAGUCCCUUGUAAUGUAUUAAUUUCACUCACAGUUGAAAGGCAAUUGAAGACUUGCAAACGACGUGAUAAAUUCAGGUGCUAGUUAUGACAGUAGCGCUGUAAAAAUAAUCGCUCAAAUAACUUGGCGAAAUAACGCACAGGAAAGGAUAUUCGCCGAGUUUUGAUUUAUGCUGUUAUUAAUUGUGAAGAUGAAGGACUUCACGAGAACCUAUGUCGCUCCCACCUACAAUCAGUCUCAUUCACUGCAUGAAAGAUAUUGAAAAUUCAAGGAAGUCGCAUACCACAUGCUUAAGAAAUUGAAUAACCUAUACAACAAAUUAAGUAUUACAGUUUUCAUAAGAAUUAAACGUUGCUUAUCUUUCAGCAGUUUGGGCCUUCAUCCAUGAUGAUUACGCCCACCGUCCUUUCUACUCCGCCAUGUUCUUGCUGACACAUCGUUUUUCAUUCUACUGGGAUAUUUAGCUCUUCAUGGGCCAAUAGGCACACAAAUAUGGGAGGGUAUGUCCUCUUUACCACCACAGCUAAAGUCCCUGCCUGUCCAAAGACUGAACACUGCAUGGUCCCACACAAACCACAUUUCAUAUAUAUUUUGUUUCAAAGUGAAAAUUAUAUCCCAUAAGUCUCAUUAUGCAACAGUAUUAUCAAGUAUGUUGCACAGUUCAAAGAGUAAUCCCAAACUAUAUACCACAAUCCUGAUUUCUCAAUCAUAAUAACAAAUCAAAUUCUAUACUUCCUGAGGGCUCUCACUUUCUUAGAGGGGGCCCCUUGUAUAUGAUAUUACUGUAAUUUAAAUUAUUCAUAACAGUGAGAAUAUAUGGUAGGAACCAAAACUUCUAAAUGCAUUUUAAUUACUAUACCAAAUACAGAUUUUAACAUGGCUACCACAUGUGAAGAAAUUAUUUUGUUUUGGUACCAAUUUAAAGAAAUGCUAAAAUGCGCAUUUUCUCAUAUUUCUUCUUUCAUACAGUUCAAAAUAGACUUUACCUGUGUCGGAGGAAUAGGAAGAUGUGUACAUCAAGAUUGUUUGCCUUAUUUAGUGAAAGUAUAAAUAAAGGCUGCUGUUGAUAUUUACAAAAAUAUAAGAGUAUUGUAUAUAUUAUACAUAUAUAUACAAAAUAUAUCAAUAUACUAUAGAUACUAUACUUCUUUGAUACAAAUGUCAAAACAAUGAGCUGUACAUAAUACGUAAAAAAUUAAUAUAUAUACUACUUUGUUUGCUUUUCAACGUCCAGAGAUUUUCUCUUCAAAUAAGCUGCAUGCAGCUAUCUGUUAUGUUCCUUUCUCAUAUAAACAAACAGUACAAUUAGAACCUUAAUUGUUUUCUGCUGGCUAAUAUGAAGCUAACUUCCAAUUUGUCCAUUGUAGUGGUUUUAUUUGACAUAUUAUAGAAAUAAUUCCCAAAGUAGUGAGCAGAAUUGGCCACGAAGAUGUUAUGACCAUGGAGCAAUGUGUGAGUGUGAAAUGUAUAACUUGUUUAUUACGUUUUUCCAUGCAAACUGAAUUUCAUGUCCAAAUACAUAUUAUAUUAUGAAGAGUUAUUCUGAUGUCAUAAUCUCUAAUUCAAGUUGGAUUCAAUCAUAUUUUUAAAACAAAGCUGUAUCAGCAUUAAAAUAAAAUUUUCAUUGUUCUAAGUAGUUAUUAUAAAUAUUCAAUUGUGUCACUCUUUUGAAAGGGACAAGUAAAGUUUUGAGCAAUUGGUCCAAAUGUGCGUGGUUAUAGCUGAAUGGGUAUAUCAACUACAUAUUGUUAUCACAAAUACAAGUAGCACGAAGUGAAACAAUUCACACGAAAUAUUCCUUCUUUGUCCACAUUAAAUGCUUCUGUUCUGUUAGUUCUGAAGCUUAGUAAAUGCCUAUUGAUAAUUACUUCCAGCCAUCAGUACCUAACAGUUAACACAUAAACCACAAGCAACUCAUGUGAAACAUGUCUUAGAAGCCAACUUAAAAUGAUAUUUGAAGUGGACCAAGUUACAACCCAAUACCUACAGGGCAUUUCAACUAAUACAUUCUUGAAAAUAUGUUUAAACUUAUGCAAGGUGAGAUGAAAUGUCAAAAGUAAUAUUCCCUUUUAAGCCCCUCCUGUAGAAAUGGUGUCAUCUUUUAAAAGAUCAAUGAAGUAUAUUAGAAGUAUGAAUAGUGAAAGUAUUUUUUCAUCACAUAUGUACUUAGUUCCCUCAUAAACUGACUAUAGUUGUUUCAUUUCAAAACUCUCACUUAGUAGAUCAUGAAAGAGAUGACUUCAUACAAAUAUUAGAGCAAAUUCUUUCUUCAAGUUUGCAUAAAAUUGGCUGCACAUAAACAUAGCUAUCAAAUUUUCUCUUUAGGGAGGUGCACAAAAUAAAUAUCAUAAAUAUCACAGCAGAUAUGCUUUUCUGAGGAUUCAUCAAUUGAAAUUCACUCAUUUGGUGCAAUGUACAUAAGCUAAAGACCAUUUGCUUUGAUAUCCACAAUCAGUAGUAAAGUUUUACUGAUAUUCAGUAAGCUUAGUGAAUAUGAACAUUUCCAUCCCUUAUUAAACAUUUAUAUUAAGGUGGGUUUAUUUUUUAAAGGUAUCUUAAUUUUGUUAAGUAUACAUCUUGCCAUAGUGACUCAUGAAUUUGAUUGAAUUUAUGUUACAUAAGUCAGAAUAUUUUCAUUCAGUGAGGAACUGCUGACAAAAAAUUCAUAGUUAUUAGCUGUGCAAUCAAAUAUAAUCAAAACUCUGCUAAAGAAACCAACUUUGAGCAUAACAGAGUAUAUUACAACAUAGGGAACUAAAUUAAUGAAAAGAAUCUCUAGUGCGGAAAUUACUAUAAGUAAAUGGUGCAUUUUAUUUGCUUUACUAAUUCACAGUUUAUGGAAUAAAAUUCUUCUGCAUUUCUAGUCAUUACAAAACCACAAAAUUUAAAGCUCUCUGUAACUACAUUUUUCAGAUAUUUCAUAAUUUUUAAAGGCAAAAUGUCUCCAAUUAGAUAUCUAUGUGAGGAGAAAUAUCAUAAUAUUAUUCAGGUCAAUCAGAAGUCUAAUAGGUUCACCAUGGGUCCAUGGAUGCAAACAAGUUAAUUUGGUAAUCAUUCUGUCACAUUUAAGAUUUGAAGUUUUCACGGCGGUGACUAUGAA